GGUCAGCGUAGGUGGAAGUGUUACAAACGGUGUCAUUCACAAAGAAACACGAAUACGUUACAAUAGUAACAAAGAAUGCAAUUAACUUUAAAAUAGUAUUUAGAUAAUUUUUUCAGACAUUUGUACUCACGGACCUUAUGAAGUAGGCUACACGUAAAACCAAUUCUGGGGCGUAUUUUCCGUUUCUAAACUGAUUUAUCAGGAGAUCACACUUCAGAGAUUGUUUUAAAGGUACAUUUUAUGUCGAAGAGUUAAAGCUUUUGCCUUGUAACCUUUUAUAGUUUAUGUCAAGUUGUAAACCGGAUUACAAACUUUCACGAGUCAACAGUUAUAUGGUUUCAAAAAUGUCCUCUAAAAUGGUGGGCUCAAACAACCUGGCACAUGCUAGGAGGAUGGUACAGCAACUUAGAGUCGAGGCCAGUAUUGAGAGGAUAAAGGUAUCCAAGGCCUCUGCUGACCUCAUGCGUUACUGUGGAGAACACGCCAAAUACGACCCCCUUCUCAUGGGCAUUCCUGCCUCAGAAAACCCCUUCAAGGACAAAAAACCCUGCAUUAUAUUGUAGUGUACCAAGCGCUAAUAUUAUUUAAUUACUUCUACUCAACUUUGCCUUAAGUCCAGCUCUAGCUCCUUAGUAUAACUGUGUUUAGCUCUUACAGUAUUUAUUACUGUAAAUAAACUUCAAUCAGUACUAAUUAAUUGCUAUUUUUUGUAAUGAUUAGCAUUGCAUCUCAUCUUUACCAGCAUCACUUGUCUUUUUUUUUUUGGUUGUUUGGGCCAAACUGAAGUAAUUUCAGGAAAUUAUCCUAUGAAUCAAGCUGUUUAGAAAUGUUUAAAUUGUCUCAAGUUCUUUUUUUUUUUUUUUUCUCGACUAAAUGAUAGUUACGCUUUGUGCUUGAAACAGGGAAGUAGCACAUCAUAUUAUGAUAUGUUUGCAAUUACAUUACUUGAUUAAGUCUCACUUAAUGUCUGAUAAGUAGACGUGUGUUAUAUACAUGAAUAAUAUCAUAGCAAAGGGACUGACUAAAAUAAAUGGAAUUCAAAGAUCCAUAUUUUGAUUUGGAUAAUUAAUUUUAUGUGACUUCUGCAAUCAUCAUUGUUUAAGUGCAUGCUGGGUAAACAAAACAAUAUAGUAAAUCUCACAUCACACAAAUAACUAUUUGUUCUGAUGAAAGGCAGUACCACUAUGUGAAAAUCCAUUAGUGACAAGUUUCUAGUGUGGUUUGUGAGAAAAGAGAACUGAUUACCCUGCACUUUCAAACCUUUGUGCCUUAGGUUGUUCAAAGUAGUGCUCACUUAUUUUAUCUGUUGACACUGGGUAACAUUUCUGUUUUGUUUAGAUUUAAAGUGCCUUUUCCUUCUGAUUUAAAUAUAUUUUUCCUGUGUCAAGCACACUUGUAAAACAAAGACCACUGUUGUUUGAUAUUUUCUAUGAAUUUAAUGGAUUUUUCCCAAAAAGGACAGUCAUGAAACAUUCACACCUUUAAUGGGCAAGCAUUCAUACAUCUGUAUUAUUUUGGAGACUUUAGAGAAGUUAUGCAGUAUUUGAGAUUCACAACCAAAUUCCUGUGACCUCAGUAUCUCUG